GUGGCGGUCAUUUUGGCCUCUCGGGUCCGUUCAGGGGCUCGCACCGCCCGGCUCCGGAGCGCCGGUUCGCGAUGGAGACGGCGCCGGAGGGGCCGUCCCGGCUGUGCGGCGGCGAGGCGGGCGCCUGGCGCGUCCUCACGGUCGGGGAUCCGGGGCUCCCGGACCCGCAGACCCCGCUCCGCCCACAAAGUCCAAUGGCGGCGGCCUCGCUGCGGUUCCCGGCCGAGGACAUGAGCUUUGAGGACGUGACCAUCGCCUUCUCCCAGGAGGAGUGGGGGCUCCUGGAUGCGGCGGAGAGGCUCCUGUACUGCGAGGUGAUGCUGGAGAUCUGUACACUCGUGGCCUCCGUGGGUUACUGGCAUAAACCGGCAGACGAGGAGGCCCCCUGUGAGCAGAUCGUGUCUGUAGAAGCGGAGUCGCAGGUCAGUGCGUCUGAGCCAGCGCCCGCCGCUGAGAAGACACAUUCCUGUGAGCAGUGCGUCUUAGUCCUGAAAGCUAUUUUCCACCUGACGGAGGUCCAGGCGGGGAACCUGGAGCAGAGGGCCUUCUUCAGUGACGCGUGUGCGAGGGGCUUCUGUUUCAGGGCCAACAUCCACCAGCAGCAGCGGGAGGCCCGGGCCGAGGAGCCCUGGAUGGGGGGCGUGGACAGGGCCUCGCUCAUGACCAGUGACAGCUUCUAUGUGUCGGGGGCGCCGUUCACCGCUGGGGAGGCGGAGGGGGACCUCGCCGCCGCCGCCGGCCUCCUCCAGCACCAGCCCACGCUGGGCACCGAGGAGCCACACAGCGUCAUUGAGAGCUGGCAGCCCGUCCACAGCGGGACGGGGCCGCGCCAGUGGGGGGAGUGCGAGAAGGCCGCCUUCCACAGCCAGGACCUGCCGCAGCAGAGCGUCUACACGGGGGAGGGGCUGUUUGAGUGUAGCCAGUGCGGGAAGGCCUCCAUCCAGACCUUUAACCUCAUGCUCCAGCGGAGCGUGCACGCGGGGGAGAGGCUGCCCUACGAGUGCGGGGUGUGCGGGAAGUGCUUCAGCUGCGAGUUCUUCCUCCUCCGACACCAGAGUGUGCACACGGAAGGGAAGCCCUACGAGUGCAGUGUCUGUGGGAAGUGCUUCAGCUGCAAGUACACCCUCAUCCAGCACCAGAGGAUUCACUCUGAAGAGAAGCCCUACGAGUGCAGUUUCUGUAAGAAAUGCUUUAGCUACAAGUUUAAUCUCAUGAGGCACGAGAAAAUCCACACGGGCGAGAACCCGUACGGCUGUAGCGACUGUGGAAAGUCCUUCAGCCACAGCUCUGCCCUCAUCCGACACAAGAGAGUUCACACUGGAGAGAGGCCCUAUGAGUGUAGCGAUUGCGGGAAGACCUUCACCAACAGCUCUGCCCUCAUCCAGCACCAGCGGGUUCACACCGGAGAGAAGCCCUACCAGUGCACCGAGUGUGGAAAGUGCUUCAGGCAGAGCUCCGCCCUCAUUUACCACCAGAAGGUGCACGCGGGGGAGAAGCCCUAUGAGUGUGGUGACUGCGGCAAGUGCUUCCGCUACAAUUACAUCCUCAUUCAGCACCGGAAGGUUCACACCGGAGAGAGGCGGUACGAAUGCGGUGUUUGUGGGAAGCGCUUCAUCUACAACUUCAACCUCAUCAAACACCAAAGAAUUCACACCGGCGAGAAGCCGUACGUGUGCAGUGACUGCGGGAAGGCCUUUAGGCGCAGCUCUUCCCUCAUCCAGCACAAAAGUGUUCACAGCGAAGAGAGGCCCUAUGAGUGCAAUGAAUGCGGGAAGUCUUUUACCCGGGCGUCCAACCUCCUUAGACACUGGCGAGUUCACACGGGGGAAAGGCCCUAUGAGUGUAGUGAUUGUGGGAAGUCCUUCAGCCACAGCUCCGCCCUCAUUCAGCACAAAAGGGUGCACACUGGAGAGAGACCCUACGAGUGUAACGAAUGCGGGAAAACCUUCACCCGCACGUCCAACCUCCUUCGACACUGGCGAGUUCACACUGGAGAAAGGCCCUAUGAGUGUGCUUAUUGUGACAAGUCCUUCAGCCACAGCUCCGCCCUCAUUCAGCACAAAAGGGUGCACACGGGGGAGAGGCCUUACGAGUGCAACGAAUGCGGGAAGUCUUUCACCCGCACGUCCAACCUCCUUAGACACCGGAGGCUUCACACUGGGGAAAAGCCGUAAUAGUGCAGGGAACGCUUGCUUUCCUCUCAGGCUGACCGCACUGGGGGAGGCCCUCAGAGACCAAUUUAGCUGAAUUAGAACCUGUUGUAGCGGGACAUCCAAUGCGCUUGGUUCCUCGUGAGUUGUCGGCACUGGUGAGGCUUGAAGGAGGCCCAUUGCACUUUCCCACCUGCCCAGGGCUGUUCCUAGACGACGUCACUGGUAGAUUUCGUAGCGGAGGCCCUCUCCCCUCCACCCCUGGCUCCCCUGCAUGGCGAGCGUCAGCCCCGCCCCUGCGUGCUCAGGGAAGCCGACCCCGUGGUCUCCCUCCUGCUGGAGGAGAUGGGGAAUGGGCAGGCCUGUGGGGGGACCCUCCUUCCUUUCUCUCCGCCAGGGGUGGGCCGGGCCCCGUGCUGGUCCGGGGGCCCCAUCCUCAGCUAAGCACGACCUUCUGAUGGACGUUGUUCUCACGCUGACGCUGUGAGGAGUUCUCCCAGGUUCGCCUUCCCCAACCUGGACGCGUGGCUGUAAGCUUUUCUGGAUCGUGAUGGAAUGAUGAUAUAGCUAUGGUGGUUGUACAGUCCCUGCGUGAGAUGAUUGGGAAUAAGAAGUGUGAUCUGCCAGCAUGUGGAGGGGAACGUGUCUGUGUUAGGGGCCCCCUAACUGUCUGUGCGUCAGAGGGGACCGGGCCCUUGUCCAGCCUUGUCCAGCGUUGGCUCGUUUUGAACUUAGCUGCCCACGGCCUGGCCGGAGACACUGCAUGACUUUGUGGUCCUGGUGGGGAUCCCGGUGCCGCGAUGAUGGGGGGUCAGAGGUCACCCUGAAGAGGGGGCAUUCUGUUGUGCUUCUGUGGACAGUAUGAAUUUAGUCCCUUUUUUACCGUGUACAUUGCCUGCCUCCACCCGUGCGGGGGAGCCACCGGCCGCGGGAGUGAGAUGUCGUAGGCGGGCGACCUGUUGUCCGUCUCAGGUUAGGUGGCACCACAGUUGGGACAGAAGCACUGUGUUCGUAGUGAGGGGGGGAGACUAGUAAAUUAGAACGAGGGUGUCGCUUCGUUUUUUUAAAAAUAUAUUUUUAUUGAUUUCAGAGAGGGAAGGAGGGAGAGAGAAGCAUCAAUGAUGAGAGAUGAUGAGAGAGAAUCGUGGAUCGGCUGCCUCCUGCAUGCCCCACACUGGGGGUCGAGCCCACAACCCAGGCAUGUGCCCUUGACCGGAAUCGAACCUGGGACCCUUCAGUCCGCAGGCCGAGGCUCUAUCCACUGAGCCACACUGGCCCGGGCAGAACAAAGGUCUCUCUUCUGAAAGCUCAGCCACAGAUGCUGCAGGGCCUGUGGCUUCUGGGGUCCGUGGCAACAGACCCUCUCAUGACCUUUAUCACUGCCUCUAGCAGCUUUGCGGAUCCCCUAGCCCCGUGGUCGGCAAACUGCGGCUCGCGAGCCACAUGCGGCUCUCUGGCCCCUUGAGUGUGGCUCUUCCUAAGCCUUAGGAGGACCCUAAUUAAGUUAAUAACAAUGUACCUACCUAUAGAGUUUAAGUUUAAAAAAUCUGGCUCUCAAAAGAAAUUUUAAUCAUCGUCCUGUUGAUACUUGGCUCUGUGGACUGAGUUUGCCGACCGCUGGCCUAGCCUCUCUGAGGUGUGCCCCUCCCGGCCAUUGCUCUGCAGACAAGCAAACCGGCCGGGAAGCAAGGCGAUCGAUUUACUGUAGUCAUUCCCGGAACGUCCUUUGCGACCGUCAGCAUUCCUGUGACUUCGAGGGCAGGAGUCUUCCUCGCGUGCCCGUCUCCGCUGCCCCUUCCGCCAGGCUGCCCCUCCCGGGCCUGAGGGGAGAGAGGUGGGGGCCGCACAGGCCGGCCAACCCGACUCCCUCAGCCAAGGGGGACCUCAGGCCCGCCUGGCAGCGGCGUCGAAAGCUUUAUUCCUGUACAUACGUACACGUCACAUGCAGCCAAGUGCACUUACCAGUGUGUGCUGUUCGCCGAGCUCGGACACGGAUGAAGCUAUGAGACCGCCACACAGGAAGCGGACUGGCCUGCCACUCACGGGCCGGGCGAGCGCGUGCAGAAUGGAGCCCGUUCCUGAAUUAUUUAUUAAUCGUGCUGAUUUCCGCGCUGUCGGUCUCCAUUCUCUCGCCCAGUGUUUGCCCCCUGCCCGCCAUGCUCCCUCCCCGCCCGUCCCCGCCCUGGUGCAGCCACUGACUCCCUUUCCUUACAGUAGAGUAGCUCGUAGUUUCUGUAACGUCACCGGUGUGUAACGGUUUCCUUCUUGCCGCACAGCCAUUUCAGGAUUCCAGCCGCAGUGCUGAUGUGAAUAGCUCAUUCCUUUCCUGCGUAGGAGUAGCCUGAACUGUAAAUACGCCCCGUGUUUACCCGUUGAUCUGCCUCCGGUUAGGGUUACGCCCGGGUUUGCGGUAUUACCAAUAAAGCUGCUAUGAAUACGUGCA